AUGGAUGGGAUAAGUUUCUUACCUGAUGACUUGCUCUUGAAGAUAUUGUCAUUACUUCCUACAAAAGAUGCUGUGGUCACAAUGAUUUUGUCUAAACGAUGGAAACCUCUUUGGAUGUCAAUACCACACCUUGAAUAUAUCGAUGAUACCUAUCAUAAAACCACGUACGACAGAUUUCGGCGCUUUGUUCAAGGCUCUUUGUCUCUCCAUGAGGCUCCAGUAAUAGAAAGCAUGUGCUUAAAAUUAAUUCAUAAUAAUCCGGAGAUUCGUACAUGGGUUAAACACGCACUUACACACCAUGUACGUAAGCUGGACAUUCAUCUUUCUUACAAUCAUUGGCCUAUCACACUGCCAAAGAGUCUAUAUACUUGUAAAACACUCGAGUCCUUGCAUCUUUGGCGUGCGGUUAUUGGUGAUGUUCCUGUUCUGGCCUGUCUUCCGUCUCUCAAGGCUUUGUUCCUCAUUGGUGUGACGUGCCCAAACGACGAAUCUGUUCAUAGGCUUUUGUCUGCUUGUCCUAUCCUUGAAUCCUUGGUUGUGCUACUAAGUGGAAGAGUCAUGACUUUUACAGUAAAUGUCCCUUCUUUGCUGACUCUAGAUAUAUCUAGAGAAUCAAGGUACAAAAAUAACAAUCAUUUGACUGUGAUCGACGCCCCUUCCUUGACGUUUCUAAAGAUUAGAGAUCACUUAGGCAGCAUUUUUGUGAUUAAGAAUGUCUCUAUGGUGAGGGAAGCGGAUGUUGAUGUUGAUUAUGACAGUAAUGAAAAGCUUAUCGAAUCUCUCACCCUCGGUCGAGCGUCUACGGUUAUGUAUGUGGAUUCCAAAGAACGAGCGCUCGUCUUUAUCUCUCCAAAACCUCUCCUCCCAAACUCAGCGCCGCCAAACCCUAAUUCUCUUCGAUCUGUCUCCUCGGUGGCCGGCGCUCCUCGCUGCCGCCGGGGAGGCCUUUGUCCUCCUUUGUGUUUCGUGUGCCUUGUGGAUUGCGACGGUUUGGCUCCAGUGACCUUUAACAGAGGCGGAUUCGAGGGAGAAGUGUGGCAUCUCGACUUUCCCUCGGUGAGGUCUCUGGUGGAAGCUUCGGUGGCGCAUGGUGUGGGAUCUUCUGGAUCUCGGUGUGGCCGCUGCGCGUCUUUCAUGAAUCAUUUUGGGGUGAAGGCUCGACCUGCUUGGAAUCAGCCAAGUUGUGUUCCUGAAUGUGUCUUAGCCAAUCUGAAAACAUUUGAGUGGACAAGAUAUAAAGGGACUCAAGAAGAGAAAGAGCUUGUGAAAUUUAUCUUAACAAAUGGUCAGAGACUAGAGAAGUUGAAUGUCCCCCUUAAUCGUCAACAACUAGCGGAUAUUAACAUAGCCACAACUAAGCUUCACAUCCACAAGGCCAAAGUGCCUAACCAAAUCAAGUGA